AUGACAAACCAGGCUUCGGCUUCUCCUUCUCCAAGGCCUCUUUCUUCUUCGGCCUCUCCGGGCGCUGAUACUGCUCCCCAACCUGUGACCGCGUAUCCUAAUGGUGGUAAUCGCCAUCUUCUUGUCAAUAACAUAGCCUUUACUCACUCCCCUUCAUACCCAUCUUCUGACCCUCGUGGUGAUCUCACUCCCAAGAAAAUUCACACACAGAAAGAAAGUCUGGACACCAAAAAACUUUCUCUUCAGGCAUCUUCCAUGAAACAAUCUGUAUCACCAAACACCAAUAAUAACCAUAACCCCGCUCCAGCCAGCACCUCUGCUGCGUCCAACAAUCACAGUAGCAACUCUCCAGUUUGCAGUAAUUGUAAAACUUCAAAUACCCCUCUUUGGAGAAGAGACGACGCUGGGCACGUUCUUUGUAACGCAUGUGGUUUAUUUUUAAAACUACAUGGGAAACCCAGACCUAUAUCCCUAAAGACAGAUGUCAUCAAAUCAAGAAACAGAAUAAAAAAUUUCAACGGUAACGGGACCUCUGCAGGAAAAGAUAGUAAGGGCAAAAAGAUAACUCCGAGAAACAAAAAAAAUAAGUCGGAGACUAGGAAAGCUGAUAAUCCCUCCCCACUGUCCAAUACUGACAGUGACAAGUCAGAGUUUUCGAAAAGCGAAAACUUGAUUCCUUUACUACCUCGCAUUAAUGGAGUGUCCCCGAACCUUCAAGCUACCUCUCCAUACCCUUCGCCUCAUUUCACUUUUACCUCUGGUCAUCCUUAUCAACCAGGAAACUCUUCUGCUAAUAGUGGCAAUGGAAACUGGAAUCAAGUUACUCACCCCCUCAACUACCCAAGCACAGCGCCAAUGAAGUACCAAACAAAUCUCCACACCAUAACAUCACCUUUGUUAUUAGCAACUACCCCUGCUGCAGCUCGUCAUCCCCCUAAUCAUGUCGCCACUAGUGUUGAACAUAAUGUCGCAGGUGUUUUGGAAAGUAUGGCCAACAGCUCUGGUGGAGCUAACCAUCACCAGCAUCAUCAUCAUCUCCAUCUCCCGCCUCCGCUUUCUCACCAUCAUCAUUCUCGUCAUAACCAUGCUUCCUACAAGGGAAAAAAUGGCAUCUCAAAUUUUUCUUUGAGUACCCCGUCUGAUAAGAACAGAUUUUCCGGUAACCAAUUACCAGGGCUCCGCCAUCUUCUGCCAAUCUCUUCAGUGUUGAAAGAAAAUUCAAGAGCUCCUCAUAAUCCUUCAUCUAUUCUUGACUCCGCUGAACCUGUGGAAAAACUACGAGUACCUAAUAUUUCUAAUGAGAGUCCAAUAUUAAAUGAACUAAACCGUUUACCAAGUGGCGCCCAUGGUCAGCAUACAACCUUGCCUCCAUUAAAUUCUAAACCGGGAAGCGAUGCUACUCUUUUCAAAUCACCUGGUCUUUUGUUUUCUGAAGCCAAUACUUCUGUUACUAGUUUAUCGCUAAACAAGUCGGCGCUCACCUCUCCUACUCUUCCGCCAUUAGGUCAUUCAAACUUAACACCACCUCAGAAUGCCAAUACUCCUAAUUUGGGCGCUUUGACCCCUGAAAUAUCGCAGAUCAAAACUCGCAAUUCAGAAUUGGAGUUGGUGAAUGAGUUAUACAAAAAGCGUAUCUUGGAAUUGGAGGCAAACGAAGCUGGUGCCAAGGAGAAGGCUGAUAACAACGAGAAACUGCAACAAUUGGAGGCACUCAAUUUCCGUUUAAAGUUUACAUUAAAUAGGGUUUUAAAACUUCUCAUCAGUGAAAAAUCAGACCCUAGUAUUGCAACUUCCAAAGAAUUUUGUGUCGAACGUGAUGAAGUCAUUGAAGAAAUUGAGCGCGAAAUUAUUAAUCCUAAUGUUAAAAUUGGAAGUACAUCAAUUCUCAAUACGCAUAGCGCUCACGCGUCUAAAGCGCCUGGCCCUAACGAUUACAAACCUUCGAAUGAGCCUGUUAGUACUACUACUACUGUGCAAGAGGAAACACAAACUCAUUCUAUUGAAAAAGCUGGCUCAACGAUUAUGGAGAAAUCUCUCGAGACCACAUCUUCACAGCCGAGCGAAAGUAACUCUAAAGUGAGGGUAGCAGAUACUAAAGACACAAGUGAUGAAUCUUUGAGAGAUGUCAAAAGAUUAAAAGUAGAAAACUGA